CCAAUGAGGUCAUGGAUUCACCGCCAAGCUAAGAGCUUCAACCACUUGACGGCUCAGUGGGAACCCAGUCUGGAAAAAAAAAUCCCCCACUCACAAAUGUGAUGACUGAGUAAAAGGACAAGAGAACAGCUCGUUGUGGAUCUGCUCAGGCUUAAAGUGGAGCUUUACAAGAAAACAACCAUAGCAAACUCUUCUGGGAUCAUUAGAAACGUUUGUUUAUGAAACCCUCUGGAUGGCCUUAUGCGGAUUCCUGCCUUGCUUCAUGACCACUGUUUGCCAGUUAAAGUAGUCGUGCCAGAGUUACAGCACCGCACAGAGCCGGGAUUUUCUGAAGCUAAAAGCUGAUCUCCGUCUAACAAUCUGGGGCUAAACAGAGCAGCUGAGCACAGUUAAGCAUCAGCUCAAGCUCCCGGGCAGUCUCUCUCCCCAUUCAGCGCUCUGUUACUACAGAAAUGCCUUGGGAACACAAAACGGUCCUCCUCAGUGUUUUGACAGUCUGCAUCACAUCUCUGGUGGUGGGUGUAGAGGAGAGGCAGAGAGAUGAGUGUGCUGACCUGAACAACACCACCUGGCUGGAGUACCAGCAGCAGAGAGUCAAGGUGCAGGUCCAGUACCUGCUGCUGACCAGGAGGAACAUGGACUGUGCACAAAUGUUCACACAGCAGACUCUGACUGACACACAGCAGCCCUCGUACCUCAACACGUCCCUGCCCACCAAGGUCAUCAUCCACGGGUACAGGGCCAUUGGCAGCAAGCCAUCCUGGGUGAAGCAGCUGGCCCGGGCCCUGCUCAGGGUGCAGGAUGUGAACGUUUUGGUGGUGGACUGGGUGUACGGUGCCUCCUUCGCCUACAACCUGGUGGUGGAGAACUACAAAGAAGUGGCUGUGCAGAUCUCUGUCCUCAUCAACCAGCUGCAGAAACACGGAUGCAAACUAGAGUCCUUCCACUUCAUCGGGAUCAGUCUCGGGGCACAUGUCGCAGGUUUCGUGGGGACUCUUUUCGAGGGAAAGAUAGGAAGAAUCACAGGCCUUGACCCUGCGGGGCCCAUGUUUAAAGGAGCCGACACCUACGACCGGCUGGACCCCUCUGACGCUCAGUUUGUCGACGCCAUCCACACAGACUCUGACUACUUUGGCAUCUCCAUCCCUGUCGGUCAUGUGGACUUCUUUCUGAACGGAGGAAAGGACCAGACGGGGUGUGCCCGCUCCAGGUUUGCCUCAAUUCUCAUUUACUUCCCAGUGUAUGGCUAUGUGAUCUGCGACCACAUGAGGGCGCUGCACGUGUACAUGAGUGCGCUGAAUGGCACGUGCCCCUUAGUGGGGAUCCCGUGCUUCAGCUAUGAGGACUUCCUGAAAGGACAGUGCGUCAACUGUGACGUCUUCAAGGGGCGGUGUCCAACUAUAGGAUUAUCAGAAAACUGUGGGAUAUCCAUGUCUCCACUUCCCAAAGAGCAGAAGCUGUUCCUUCUCACUUCCUCUUCGCCACCUUUUUGCGCCCACCACAUCCUGCUGAAGCUGGAGGUCUCUCGCCUGGAUAAGAGUGCCGAGGUGGAGGUGACACUGAGGACGGGGAGCCUUGGAAAAGAGCAGCGGCUCAGACUUCAGACAGAUACGACAGUGUACAGGACGGUGUUGCCGUUCCCUCUGGCUCUGUGUGAGAUCAACACCAUCGAGCUGAGGAACACCGGAGCUCGCUUCUACAGACAAGGAGACAUCCACGUCAAGUCUGUGUGUCUCUCCGAAUUCCCCUCACUCAGGCAUGAGGAGCCGCUGUGUGUGAACAACAUUAAUGUCAGACGAGGAGCUCCGUGGUCACAUGACUUAGUGCAAGUGUGUGGCUUCUAAAGAGAUCUUCUCAAAAGACACUAAAUAACAUUACAAAGUUGUCCGCGGGUACCAACGUGAAGUCUGUUUCACAUUCUCACCAGCUUGUUUAAUGAUCAGAGUUAAGUCUCUGUCUGGAGAGCCAAAGAACCACAUUUGGGAGUUAAUACACAGACUAUCACUCUACUGCUCACUGACUUAAUGCAGUCUAGUCAAACUUUAUCAGUUACUUCGCUAAUCCAAUGAUCUUCCAACAUUAUGAAUGUCGUAAAAAAAAAAUGUUGCAUGUGUGUGUUGUCUUUUGGUAUUCAGAUUUGCCUCGUAGCUCAUCUUUGCCUCUGAGAAGUGUUUAAAGAAUGAGACCUUUUUCUGUAAUGUAGCUUUAGCAUGUUCCACUUUCUUAAGGAUUUUGUGACAUGAACAGUUACUUGCUGAGUGCUGUAUUUAAAAGACAAGCAAUAAACUAAUAACAGGGCCUCGCUUUUCUCUGUUCACAGUUUAAGGUUAAUAACUAAAUUUUUGUAUUAACACUGAAUAAAAUCUGUAAUAAUGUCA